AUCACUUAGAACGGAAUCCCGGCAGAACUCCGCUAGUUCCAGAUGGUCGUUGCGUCUUUUAUUCUAAUCUGCUAAUAGGUUUCAUUUGGAAUUCUUUGUUACAAUUGGAAUAUAUCGAGUUGUGAAUAUUUUUGCGGCGUAUCUGCAAUGAAAAAGCUGUUUCUAAAUGGAUGUUAAUUAGUCGUUGGAUAAGCAAUCCAGAAGUGUAUGGCUACGGAAUAUCGGUGUUCGCAUUGGCGGAAUUGCGGUGGGGGAUGAAAGAAUUCGUCCGAUAGUCUUACAUUAUCUCAACUGCCGCUUUGCUGGAAGGAUAUACAUUGCCUAUCAAAAGGAUAUACGCGUGACUGGUUAACACUUGCUGUACACGUUGAUGCGAUCCCCGAGGCACAUGCCAGCUUCCGCCAACACUCCCAGGUGAUUCACUUGCGCGAUGAAACCAGCAUCUGAUGAGUAAAUCAACCUUGCAGUUCCGGGCGAAGAAGCUGAUAGUCGACGGAAUUAAGGACUUGACGUAAUCGAAGUGAUCGGAGUGAUCAGUGUUCAUGUUCUGAUUUUCUAAGCGCCUCAGUCAGAAGUGUAAGUAGCAAAAAUCCCGGGGACAUGUCUGCAGUAAGGAUUUUUCUAACACGACCAUCUUCGCAGCAGUAGAAAUCGUUUAAUGUGACGUCAAUUCAUCCGCGUAUUACGCCGACUAGACAUAUCAAUCAGAUCUUUGAAAAGAACGUCUCUACAGUUCGUCAGCCUUUGCCAUAUAGAAGAAAGAAUGCGAGUUUGUCAUGUUUGGUUUAACGACAGAGACCAGGUAUCAUCGCGAUUAUAAACAUGGAUAAUAUUCGACGUGACAAAUGGAGUAGAAAAAAUGUUAUUGAAUCAAGGGAUGCCUCUUGGAUGGCUCGAAGUGCUUGAUCAAAUAUAAAAAAGCAGCUCGACUCAAACGGAGUUUUUCGACGGCUUGAAGGGAGCAAAUUACUGGUGUUGUACAGCUGUUGAUAACUCGAGUCAGACACUCAGAGCCAGUCGAAGAAUAGGUAUUGUAUGAGUGGCCUGUAUUGACAAAUUAAAAAGUCGCCAUGCAAUCUCAUUCGACUCUAUCCAUUGGAUUAACGUGUGUCGAAUGAGAUUAUCUGGAUAUGUGAAUUAUGAAUACUAGUAGCCAAAUUGAUUAUCAUCCGUUUCGAAAAUCUAGGUCACAAAUUCGACGUAUUGAAAUAUCUGAUAUCAAAGAUAUUAUAAAGUUAUCAACAAUUAUACACCAAAGGCAGGAAUAGACGGGUUGGAUGCGAUUAAAAAGGAACGAUAGAGAGUAACUCUGUUACUUGGCAAUAAUAUCAUUAUUAUAUCGACGUUUCGGAAACGGCGAGGAUGUACAAAGUAACCUUAUAGAAAAUUGAUAAUACUUACGAUUGCUAAAGUGAAAUGAAUAUCAUGCUAAUAUUUGUGAUGGUGCCCGGCGGAUUUUAAUUACCUCUGGGGAGACAAAAGCCAAUUCUGUGGCACAACUUGCUGCAUUUUCAAGAUAAUAAGACAAUAACCCCUUGGCGGUAUGCAAGAUGUCUUUUGAUAAGCAAUUACUGUAAGCACCAACUGGGGAAUACAGUUAGUUGGGGUAAAGUGUUGCUUUUAUGACGGUUUAGCUGUUGUGCAUUUUUCAUGGCGAACUUUCUUGCUUGCAGUGAUUUUGAUUAAACAUUUGAUAGUCGUUAGGAGUGAAGCUUAGUCAGUGGAUAGUUGUUUCUAUUCAAAGGAAAUGAGAAGGAAAGAUAUUUGAAAGAACUGUACAAGGUUCACAAUGUCUGUAUCCCAACAAAACAGAUUUCUGGAAUAACGAAAUUGAUGAGGAGAUUUUCAAGAUGAGUACCGCUAGGAUUACGACAUUUGUUUUCGUUUCUUGUAUCGAGGGAUAUGUAAGAAUCUGAGGAUUAUCAAAUCUUUCAAAAUGGCGGAUGGAAAUAUGCAAAAUACGUCACUGCUGAUCGCCCAGAACCAGACUGGAUUUAGCAACAUGAGCGGCGGUGGUGGGGACAUUGCGCCUCCUAUCUCCGUUCAGGCUACCUUCUCGGUGCUCUAUACCCUAAUCAUAGUGUUAGCAGUAGGAGGAAAUGGUAUAGUGUGUUACAUCAUUACCUCUAGCAGACACAUGAAAACGAUAACAAAUUUAUUUCUACUAAAUCUGGCCAUAAGCGAUAUCAUCAUGGCGGUGCUUUGUAUACCCUUUUCUUUUAUAUCUAACAUAGUGCUGGCUCAUUGGCCAUUCGGUACAGCGAUGUGCCCUAUAAUGACGUAUGCCCAAACGGUUAGCGUUUUCCUUAGCUCGCUGACCCUAGUAGCAAUAAGCCUUGAUCGUUUGAUAGCAGUCACAAGGCCCCUGAGGCAACGAAUGACUAUGAAACAGUUGGUCGUAACAAUCAUAUUAAUAUGGCUUGUUGCCUUAGGGAUAUCACUGCCAGUAGCUAUAGUGUCUAGACUAGAACGUUUCGAACACGACCCAACACUUUAUUGGUGCAAAGAAGCUUGGCCCGACGAAGAGCAGAGACUACGUUAUAGCAUAGCUAUUCUGGUGUUACAAUAUUUUCUUCCAUUAUCUGUGCUGGUAUUCACAUAUACGUGGAUAGGGAUUAUAGUCUGGGGUAAGCGGCCGCCAGGAGAGGCAGAGGCAAAGCGGGAUCAACGAAUAGCUUCCAGUAAAAGACGAAUGGUCAAGAUGAUGAUAACGGUGGUGGUCAUCUACGCACUCUGCUGGCUCCCAAUUCACCUUAUCACCAUCCUCGGGGACGCGACAGACAACGCCAUCUAUAACCUUCCGGGUAUGCCGACCAUCUGGGUGUUCUGCUUGUGGCUAUCCAUGAGUAACAGCUGUUAUAAUCCUAUCAUAUAUUGUUGGAUGAACGAGAAAUUUAGGAACGGUUUUAGGAAAGCGUUGCGGUGCUUUCCUUGCGUUAAAUAUGACGCGUUGAAAAUGAGCAUGGCGUUCAAUUUCAAUUCUCAGCAGCCGACAUACAGUGAUGCACGACGGAAUAGCCUUACUGCCGAGACGGCAGUGGACUCUAACGGCAAAUCGCCGAACCAGCCAUCUAUUCAUACCCAUCAUGUGUGUACAUAUAAACCGAAGGAUACAGUUGUGACAGCUUCUAGAAGACAAUAUACGGUUCUUGGCAGACCUGGGCCGAGUGAAAUCGUAACUAACAUAAGUACUGAAAAUCUUCAUGAGUAUUACGACUAAUCAAUUCCGCAUCCUCACAGGGACUCUUGGUCGUGACGUGGCUUGAAAUGGUUCACCUUGCCGUCACCAGAGGUACCAGAAUCUUACAAAGCAUACCUGACAGUUAAAACUCGUGUAUGCCAAAUUUACAUUAUGCAAUAUACGAUAGUUUCAAAAAUAUGCGUAUAGAUACAUUUACCAGGGUAGAUUCUGGCGCCAGAUGGCGUUGACGGUCGCCUCGAACCACGGUCAGAAGUACCAAACAGAUGAACCCCUUUAAUGUAACUUUACGUUUAGUAGGUGGCUAUUUCAAUGGUCAUUCGCCAGUAACAAUAUUUAUAGGCUGUUUAAGAAAACCUUGGCGGAAAGUGCUACUCAGUAUUUUUCUUCACAGUUUCACAAUGGUUUUUGUUUCGGUUACAUACCCAAUAUUUCAUUAAACCCAUCAAGAACGAGUUAGAAUCAGCAGUAGACAUUUGGUACAGCUUGUUAUGCAGCAGUUAUGGUUCAGGUCCUUAACUCACUAUUUCAGGUGCAGAUAUUUAAAGUCAGAGUACGUACCUUUUGUACAUUGGAUUUUGUUUUCAUUUAACCUUUUUGCCAGACCUAUUCCUAAAUUCUAGUAAAUAGCCAGUUUAGAAAUUAUAACUAGCAUUUUGUAAAAGCCCAAAAUUAAGAAUCUGCGUAAAACAAUUAUUGUCAACAGCUCAUUUCAUUGCAGCUAAAUUAGAGCUUCAACACGAUGAUUUUGAUGUGGAACAAUUUUGCUAUCAAAAAGGGACGAUUUCUUUACUGCUAAAUUCAUUAUCUUACAUUUAUAGCAUAUUUUUUGGUCUCGGCAAUAACACUCACCAUGACUGGCCCCUAUUGAAUAAGUUUCUUAGUAUGAGAUACAUCAUUCUAAAGCAGUAUGUAAUUAUGUAUGCAUGCAUGUACAAUGUGCACUCAUGUCUACUCGUACAUGUCCCUUUUUAUCUCAUGUACAUAAAUUAAUGUAAUUCUCAUAAACAAACCUUGAUCAUAGAGUCACCGUUCUUACUUGCUUAAAUGCGACAUGAUGGUAGAAGCCAUCUUAAGAGCGAGGGACCUUCGCCAUUGCCUUCUGUCACUGGCAGCUUCUAUCAAGUCUUCACCAAGACCAGCGGCAGCAUCUUCUCGCUACACCUGACACGUUUCUUUCCCCUUCUCCUCUUGCCACCAACUUGUUCCGGGCGCCAGUUCAACAGCUUCUUGGGGAGUUACGAUCUUCUACCAUACGGACAACAUGUCCAUAUACCAGCGAAGACGUCUAACUUUCAAGAAGAUGGAUGCUUCCGGUUGGUUAGUUCACUUCCUAAUGUCAGUGGUCGUAACAUGUUAGUCCUACCUAACACCGAAGUGUGCAAUCUGAUACCUCUACUUCUUCUGCGGGCUUUAUUCACUGCAUCUUUAAGCAAGCUAAAAAAUAAUGUAUGUUGCCUUGGGCAUUAUACGGGUUAAAAUGUAGGACUAGUGCGUCGAAAUGCCAGUUUGUAAUUAAAAUCAUAACAUAUAUGA